GGGCAUGUCGCCCGCGGCCUAUAAGAGUCUGCUGAGCCCUGGGUUACAGGCUCUAGGGUCGGUUGGUCGUCGCCGUCGGAGGUGUGCCCUGAGUUUGCCUCGCCGUCGCUGCCAUCCAGUCCCUGCAGCCGCGCCCCUCGCCUUGGCCCCGGCCCAGCCGCUCUCCCUGCCCUUCCCUUAGUCACCCCCCCGGUUUCUGCCGUCGGGGCCCCGGGGCCGGGCUAAUGAUGCCGUCGGAGAGUGGAGCUGAGAGUCUGGACCAGGCAGCUGCGCAGGUGGGGACGGCUGCGGCCUCGGCGCUGGCUACGGCCGCCCCGGCAGGCGGCGGCCCCGACCCAGAGGCCUCAUCGGCCUCCCUCGGACGGCACCUGAGUGGGCUAGGCUGGCCACAGGUGAAGCGACUGGACGCGCUCCUGAAAGAACCGAUUCCCAUUCACGGGCGCGGCAACUUCCCCACUCUGAGCGUGCAGCCCCGGCAGAUUGUGCAGGUGGUCCGCAGCCGCCUGGAGGAGCGUGGACUACACGUGCACGGGGUGCGGUUACACGGCUCAGCCGCCAGCCACGUGCUGCACCCUGAGAGUGGCCUGGGCUACAAGGACCUGGACCUCGUGUUCCGCGUGGACCUGCGCAGCGAGGCAUCCUUCCAGCUGACCAAGGAGGUGGUGCUGGCCUGCCUGCUGGACUUCCUGCCGGCCGGUGUGAACCGGGCCAAGAUCACCCCGCUGACGCUCAAGGAGGCGUACGUGCAGAAGCUGGUGAAGGUGUGCACAGACACAGACCGCUGGAGCCUCAUCUCAUUGUCCAACAAGAGCGGCAAGAACAUGGAGCUCAAGUUUGUGGACUCGGUCCGGCGCCAGUUUGAGUUUAGCGUGGACUCUUUCCAGAUCAUCCUGGACUCCCUGCUGCUCUUUGGCCAGUGCUCAUCUACGCCCAUGUCUGAAGCCUUCCACCCGACCGUGACUGGUGAGAGCCUGUACGGGGACUUUGCUGAGGCCCUGGACCACCUGCGGCGCCGCAUCAUUGCCACACGCAGUCCCGAAGAGAUCCGUGGCGGUGGCCUCCUCAAGUACUGCCACCUGCUGGUGCGGGGCUUCCGGCCUCAGCCAGGCACCGACGCGCGCGCCCUGCAACGGUACAUGUGCUCCCGCUUUUUCAUCGACUUCCCAGACCUGGUGGAGCAGCAGCGCACACUGGAGCGCUACCUGGAGGCCCAUUUCAGCGGAGCCGACUCGGCCCGCCGGUACGCCUGCCUCAUGACGCUGCACCGGGUGGUCAACGAGAGCACUGUGUGCCUCAUGAGCCACGAGCGUCGCCAGACACUGGACCUCAUCGCCAUGCUGGCGCUCCAGGCGCUGGCCGAGCAGGGCCCGGCUGCAGCUGCUGCCCUGGCCUGGCGUCCCCCGGGCCCCGACGGGGUCGUGCCUGCCACCGUCAGUUACUACGUGACUCCUGUGCAGCCUCUGCUGGCUCGGGCCCACUCGUAUCCCACCUGGCUGCCUUGUAACUGACUCAGACCCUGGCCAGAAGGUGCUUGGCCUUUCCUCAGGAUGUGGGGCCCCCAGGAGUGUGUAGGAGAUGUGACCAGAGACCAGCAGCCUGUGCCGAGUGGCCCAGCACUGCUGCAGGGUUGGGCCUUUGACUGAACAGACCAGACAUGGCUCAUCCCCGAAUGAGGCCCCUGGUGGGGGUUCAGACCAGGCCGGGGUUCUUGAUAGACCUGUGGGUUAUUGUACCCCACUUUUGGACCAGCAUGAUGGUGGGGUGCAGGGGCUGUUUGUCUUGGGGGUCCGUUGCCUUCAGGAGACAAAGCAUGUUUGGGCUGGCAGCCUCAAUGCUCAUCACCUUAGGUUGAUUUCUGUCCCUAGAAGGUCUCAGGUUGAUUUCUGUGGCCCGGAAAGAGUCUUUUUGGGGAAAGCCAGCCCACAGUGAUCCCAGCAGCCUCAGAAGGCCUGCAGCCCAUACAAUGGCUAAAAUAUGGUAUGUUAUAGGAACUACUCACUCUGGGUACUCUGGGUUGGGCUAGACCCCUGCCGGGACCUGGCAAUCCAACCGGACUAAGCACUGGGAAGAGGGAAGCUGAGGCAGGACGCAGCUUUUGCAGAGGGAUAGGGUUAGCCCACCCUUACCCCAAGCUAUCCAGGUGCGCGGGCGAGCAGGAGCUGAGCUGCCGGCGUACGACACGGCCCACGCCCCUUCUAGAGUAUUGCUCCCUUCCCCUAUGGUGUGGGGAUCCCUCCGCCUAGGAGUUCGUUCUUUGAAGGGUGCUGGGCCCAAAGUGACCAGUCAAGUGCUCCCACCCCAGUGGCCUGGUGGGGAACCAUGCCCCACCUCCUUUCCCAUCCCUCUGGAUUUGUCACCAUUUUGCACUCUUAACACCUGCCAAUAAAGACUGUCUACACUAAACCU